CAACGAAACGAUGGCUGCCGUAAUUAUCGGACGUUUGUUGAUAGCAAAGUUAGUCUUUGCUGCCGCCAUAUUGGACCGAGGUAGUUGCGAGGUAGACGAGGAUAUCAUCGACCUAACGCACAAAUACGCGAACACCAACAUGGUUACGUGGCCGACGCAUCUAAAGUUCAACAUCAGCGUUGGGUUUAAGGGUAAGACGCCAAGUGGCGUAUAUUACGAGGCGAAACGCUUCUGUACGAGCGAGCAUGCGGGUACGCACGUCGACGCACCUCUGCAUUUCUACGAGCAUGCGCAAAGCGUUGACGAGAUACCGCUGAAGACCAUGAUUGGUCCUGGAGCCGUCAUCGACGUGUCCAGGAAAAGUGAAAUCAACCGAAACUACGAGGUCACCGUGCAGGACAUCCUGGACUGGGAAGCUGACUAUGGCCGCAUCCCAGAUGGAGCCGUGCUUUUGCUGAACACAGGCUGGCACCGACGCUGGCCAAAUGAAGUGGAUUACCUCGGCACGACACCGGACGAAAAUAAUCCCUUUAAGUCCGACUAUAGUUGGCCGGGGCUCUCCGAGCAUGCGGCUCAAUGGUUGGUGGACAGCAGGAGCAUUAGCGUCUAUGGUGUUGACUGCGUGGGAAUCGACCCCGGAGCCGCGUCGACGUUUCCCGUGCACAAGAUCUUCCUGAGUCCCGAACACGAGAUCCCGUCCCUUGAGAACGUCGCCAACCUGGAUGCGAUGCCGCCGACGGGCACGAGAAUCUACGCUAUCCCGAUGAACAUCCGUGGCGGCACUGGCGCCCCCACGCGGCUGUUCGCUGUGGUAAACGGCGCGCAGCGCCACCUGUCAGUGUUUGAGUUGGUGGCCGCUGUUGUGCUCAUCGCCACACAAUGUCUGUUCUAGUAAAGCCAUCUAAGUAAUCGCGGGGCCUGUUACCAUAUACAGCUGCUGUACGGCUCAUUUACUAAUGAUACUAUUAUUUUAGUCGUAGAAUUUUCCAUACAUAACUGUUUUUAUCGAUGAGACAGAUAGUCCGCAAAAAUAGUCCAAUAAUAUAUAUAUAUAUUUAAUUUAUAUAAUGUAUUAAUUAUGUGUUCUAUACAAAAUUUUAAAAACGGGUGUCAUCUUGAUUGAUCAUUUUAAAUUUUUUUCAAAUUUCCCAUUUAAAAUGGUAUAAAUGGUAAAUAAACCCAGAGUGAAGUUACUACCAAAGUCUCAAUGUUGUGUACUGUCUAACGCUUAAUAAUUCUAGAUAAAUGUGGCGCAAAUGCUUCUGUAGAAACAUAACAUUGGUAGUAAUAAUUAUUACAAGUCGUGUGUAUUAAUCGUCACUGUAUCAUUUAAACGACCCAAUGGCCUGUUAGUAAACUCACUCGCUAGCAAACCCACACAAGGUAAAUGCCAGACUUAGUUUGCAAAAAAUGCGCGAUCUAGGGUUACGAGCUCUCAGCCAGUCUCUGCUUAGCCCCUAACUCCGCCUUCUGGUGAUUGAUAAUGACCGCCUUGCGUGCUGUUUUGACGGUUAUAGCUCGCAGCACAUGUUGCUAUAUUAGGCAAUGCCUUGCGGGCGCACAGACGCGAAUCAACGUUAUUUUAACGCCAAUACCUUUGCGUACUCGUAUCACGUGCAAAUGGCAGCCUCUAUGUGUCUGAGAGCACUUCAAUGCAAUGCUCGAGUCAAAAUAAUAUGAGUUUGCCUAAAAUUAUUUGCAAUAUCUUACGAUUAAUGUGUAGAUAGCAUAUAUUCAAUAUAUAGUAUUGGAGCGAGUUGGAUUCUAUGGGCAUUGUUUUUUAAUGUAAAAACAGUGUCGCAAAGCUAUACGUUGUGCAUAUCAAACCGACAUUUUUUCUUAUUGAGUGCUUUCCAUUAUAUAAAGGCAGAUGCAUGCCAAUCAGAAAGUACAUAAAUAGCUUGCAUUUCAGUAAACGGGAGUUGUUCGACAUGUUGCAUGUUUGGAGAUGUUAGAUUAAUAAAUGUUAAGUAAUAGUUGUUAAUGCUUAUGUGUUUUUGCUGGUGGCCAAUCGCAUACAACAAUAAGCAUUAACAACCUUUACUUAUAGGUGCGUUUAUAUGCACAUAUAUGCCACGUAUCUAAUACAUAUGUAUAAUUUUAAUAUGUAUUCUAAGCCAUACUCUUUAUUCUAAAUAUCACUGAUAACUGCCACGGCACGCAUAGUAUUGUGAACAUGUUCUUAUUUAUAUUACUCGAUUUUGUCAUGUAUCUAAAUACAAAAUAAAAAGGAAAAAAGUUUCCAAAAAUUUA